AAGUAUUAACUAACAUCAUUUUUAUUCUAUUUAGGCAUGGAACGAGUCCAACGUUUUGAAAAGAAUAGUUUCCUCAAUGAAUCUCAAAUCGGUUAUGAAUUUUUCACAAAAUUAUGUGACAGAGAAAGUAAAGCCGAUAGAAUACACGUCAAAUCUCACAGUUGUCACAGCGUAUUGGAAUCUUGGGACAUUUCAAAAAGGUUCAACGGGCAAACUGCAUUUCUCGACGAACACCUACUUUUCUUGGGCCACCUCCUUUAAAUAUCUUGUCAAUCCACUGGUGGUGUACACGGACUCCAAAGAAUUCAAAGAGUUAAUGGAAAAAUUAAGAGCUGAUCGUAUGAAUACUACAGCAAUAUAUUUAGUAAAUCGUACAGAGAUAUGGCCUUUUCAACUUGUAGACCAAAUAAAAGCUGUCUAUAGCCAACCUGGUUAUCCGAAACACUAUCCCAAUACAGUGAAUCCAGGAUAUGCCGCGGCCCAACAUGCCAAAUAUGCCGUAGUUGCCAAAGCAGUGCAAAAACAAAUAUUCCGUGCUCCUUAUUACGUUUGGCUGGAUAUAGGAUAUUUUAGAGACAUUUCAAAUAGAAAAGUGUUUUUUGAAUUGAACAUUCCACCGGGUUUUGACCCCAAGAAAUUAGCUGUAAACCGGGUCAAUGACCUUUCAAUGAAUAUAGACCCUUUUAGUAUAUUUAGACACAAUAUUGUUUGGGUCGGGGGCGGUAUGUUUGUCGGAAGUGAAAAACUAAUUCUAGACUUUGAAAAAUUAUACCAUAAAGCAGUGUUGUACUUUCUUGACCAAAAAUUAAUGAAUUCUGACCAGCAAGUGUUGUAUUCUAUGUACAGUAAAAAAGGCAGGGAAGCUUUGAAGCCUAAUAUAGAACUUCAGUUGUACAUUCCAAAAGGAUCAGGAAAUCCAUGGUUUUAUUUAGGAUAUCUAUGUCUCAAAGAUGUUGUAAGACAAAACUCAUGAGAGAGAGAGAGAGAGAGAAUUUGUUUUAUAAAGUGCUGUAUGGACCAAAACCCUUUCAGUAUUAUUAGGUUUUCUUUGUUGUUCAAAAUUAUGAUAUGUAUUUUUUAUAUAUGUAGAACCAAACAGAAUGCUCAAUUCAUGAACAAACAUAACAAUAAAUCCUUUGUUAUUUA